AAAUUGUCACACCAGUAAACAAUAAACAAGUCGAAGUGGCAUGCAGCAACACAACGUUAAACGGGUUUGUAACGUGAAUAGAAAAUGUUCAAUAGUAGCUUGUGUAGUGUAACAUACCUCGCCAGCGAGGGUCCUGAGGGCCUACAAAGUAAGCUUCAGGAAUGCCUUCAAGAGGCCAAUUUAGACCAUUUUCCAUACAUGACUGUAGCCCUUGCCUCUCUCGUCGUUUACCUCUACAUCAAGGCGAGCGGUUUUAAACAUGAGGAUGUGUGGAUUAGUCCAAUGACCAUUUUCAGAGAUGGCGAAUAUCACAGGCUUUUGACAGGAGUGUUAUAUCACGCUGACGAUACACACUUGGUGUAUAAUCUAGCAUCAUUUGUUACUAAAUGUGCGCUUCUUGAGCAGCGGUUCAAACCGUGGUAUGUGUUAUACAUGGUGAUUAUAUUCACCGUGUUAAGCAGUUUGUUUUGUACAUUUCUUAGGAUUCUGUCAGCAUGCAUUAACAAGAACAGGAAGAAAGGACUUGUUCAAGGAUGCAUAGGGAUUUCGGGAGUGCUGUUUGCCUUGAAAGUUGUUAUUUCUGACUUCACCAAAGAAAAUGAAUUUAUGUACUGGCUAGAACUAGCCGCCGUACACAUAAUGACAUCGGAAGCGUGUUUCACAAGCCAUCUUGGUGGAAUAUUAGUUGGUGUAUUGUAUAAAUACAAUAUUCUUCAACGCAUAAUGAAUUUUGGAAGUCUUGAUGGGUAUGCCAUGCGAGAUAACGAAGCUGUCGUGGGUACAUAAUAAUAUGCAAGGUUCCAGUCUGAUGAAAACCGGUGACGUGGUUUGUUGGGAAGUGACGUGGUUUGUUGGGAAGUGACGUGGUUGGGAAGUGAUGUGGUUUGUUGGGAAGUGACGUGGUUUGUUGGGAAGUGACGUGGUUUGUUGGAAGUGACGUGGUUUGUUGGGAAGUGACGUGGUUUGUUGGAAGUGACGUGGUUUGUUGGGGAGUGACGUGUUUUUUGGGAAGUGACGCGGUUUGUUGGGGAUGACGAUCGAUGAGAAUUCUGAUCGGACUUUAUAUCUAUGGAUGCUGAGUGACUGUUCCAGUUAAGAAAGGCUCACUGAAAUGUUUACAAAGAGCAAUUAUACAUACAUUUAUAGUUUACUCUUUGUCAACAAAGAGAUCACAAAACCAUUUACACUAAAAUUUGUGAAUACAUGUACAUGUGUAUUAUAAGAUAUUGCAGUAGUAAUAUAUAGCUAUACUUUUACCUUCAA